GGGGGGGGGGGGGGCUUUCAUGGUCUUGCGCAUGAUCUCCUGAAGGGGGUGGAGGUGAAUAAGAAGAGUAAUAAGAGCAUAUCAUGCAAGCGACGGAACAAAUUGUCCGAGCCGAUUUGGUAUAAAUUAUCAUUUUUGAGGGAUUUUUUAUUGUUAUUUUUUGUACUUUUUGCAUGAAUACUACCGGAUUUGGUGAAUAUUUUAGGUGGAUUUAAAUGACCAAGGAAGGUUUUUAAAUUUCUUGGGGACAUCUCUCCUACCCAGUAGCACACGGAACAUGGCAGCGCUUUAUCCAAUCAUGGGCAUAUCAUGCAAGCGAUGGAGCAAAGCGUCCGAGCUGAAUUAGUUUAGGUUAUCAUAAUAUUGCAGGGAUUUUGUUGUUGUGACACUUUCGUAAGGAUAUCUACAGAUUGGGGCACUCUAUAUAACAAAAAAAAAGGCAUAUUCUUUUAAAUGUCUGGGGCAACUGCCCUCUGCCUCUUUGCACAUUUUUGCCAUGGUACAUUGGAAUUUCCAUACCAACAACUAUCAGUAUGGGAGGUCUACGCAGGCCUUUCAGAUCUUCUAGUUACAUAGUGUAUGGCACGAUAUUCAUGUCUUCGACUUUUUUCUGAAUUACCCCUUUUCAACGAAUUUUGGAGUGGUUCCAUUCAGUGUCGUUCGAGUUCGCGUCGACGACACAAUGCACUGAUGCAAGGAAUUCAUCCAGGAUCCAUUCGCGUUUACUCUACCGCUUCGCAAAUUGGGACCACAAAGAGUGCCUUGUCAAAGAACUGUCAGUGUCAUUCGCUGUCUAUUUAUCUACCCAGACGGUUUGACCAUAACUAUAAUGCCUAAUCGUACUCUUAUGAACUCCUACAAGCUCCAAAUCAUUUCAUAGGGUCUCAAAGCAGCAACAGACGAAGAAAAUAGAGAACUUACAGUUGCACCUCUUCCACGAUGGCGAUUUUAACUAGAUGUUGCUGCUUUAAAAAUGUCAGGAGUGGCUCUACAGCUAGUGGUGUAUAUUCAUUGAUCUACUGCUUCGUAAGCAUGGGGAUCCUGCUAUGGGAGUUCGUCGGCUACAUCGAGAUGUCGUCAUUUACGGGAGCUGCGAGGCAGGGCAUUUACGCUGCGUACAGUAUUGACCUAGUGGCACUCACCUUUCUAUUCGUUGCUUCCAUUAUCCUCCUAGUGGGCGUGGCUAAGAAUUCGAAGUGCAUGUUGAUUCCCUACAUGAUAGCGGUUCCCUUUCUCAUCGUUCUUCAGCUUAUCUCAUGGAUAAUCGUCUUUGUUUUCAUGGGAAUGGGAGAAGUCGAAGAUUACGGAAUCGAUAUCGCACAAUGUGUUGUUUGGUUCAUUGUGACGGCACCAAAGAUUUUGUGUCUUCUUUGCGUGAUAUCACAGUACCAGGAGCUUAAAGAAGGGCGUGGUCGACCAUAUAACAUGGUAUAACCAUGGCAACGCAUCAAGCAACAUUAUCCAGAAGUUAUGUAUAGAGCCAAAAUGAUAGCAAAGGGGCUUCUGUUGAAAAUACUUAAUGAUGAUAGUUUCUAAUUGCGGCUGUAUAUUAAUUUGGUCAACCGAUGGAAUAUUGACCGGUGAGAUUUUAUGGAUCGAUAUGAUCGUUGCCUGAAACAGCAAGAUGACCAGGAAUGAUUUUUAAGAAAAUUUAAAAGGAGGAAAUGUCGGAAUUACCGUAGAGUUAGGAUACCAAUGGAAUGAACCAGCAGAUGACGAAAUGGAUCCCGAUAAUAUUGGUUGCACACACGAACGUGAGUUGGCCUAACCGUACGUGUAGGUUUACCAGGGAGUUUGGAAGGUAGGCUAAUGACCGGUGAUGGACGGUUAUUAAUAAAGUAUAAUAACCGGUCAUGAUUUUGAGGUGAGAAUGGUUUAUAAAAUAACAAGGACCCGCAUCCGACUAUCCGACAUAAAUCAUAUUGUAUAAUACACAGCAGUUUGCUGAGGCAUUUAUCUAGUCUCAUGACCUUUUUUAGUGGCCCAAACGUGUUAUAGAACUGCUCUAAAAUUACAUGUGUGUAUAGUUCUGUCUAAUGCCCUCGAUAAUAUGCAUUAUUUGUAUACUAUGUUAUGUAGUUAAACAGACAUCGGACAAAAUAGUAUGUAUAUAGGCUCACCAUUAACACAAAGGAGAAAAUAAGCAAAUGAAAAUAUAUGAAGUUCUGGGAGAAACAAUGCCACGAAAGCCAAAGGAAUCGAGGAUACACAUGAUUAUCUGACUGACAUUAUUAUUAUGAAACAACCCGACAGGCCGGCAAAUCUAGGGUAAGCGCCAGAAAUGUGACCAUGAAAAAUGAUGACGCAGGCAUUAUAUUAUCUAUACAUGUAGUAUAUCUCAACCGAGCUUAUAAUUACAUAAAUGCCCAUGUGUAUCGAAUUAAAAAAAACAAUACCUAACGAAUGAUGUACCAAUGCAAAACACAUGGGGUGGGGGUGGGGUCGGGGUCAUUAUUUGUUUUUUAAAUGUUAUCAUGUCUCAUAUCUUAAAAGAGGACUCUAAAUAUUGAUAUUUUAAUAUUUUCUUCCUUCUUUUCAAUUAAACUAAAAAUGUCUUCUAAUAGUAAUCAACCUCCCAUGGUAAACAUGCUUAACGUAAUGAUCUUGAUGAUAGGUAGGUCUAAACUUUUAUGCAUUCUGUUUAUUACACUUUCUGUGUGUGAGGGUGUGUUUUUAGAGACAAAUCAAGGUGUAAUUCUGAAAUACACUCGCAUGUAAAAAAAAAAUGAAGCAUAUUAGUCAUUCCUAAAAAAAUCUACAGAUUUGGUGUCUCCAUUAAAUAAAUGGUUACUAUUCAAGGAAAUUUCCAGUACACAUGCAGAGUAAAGGUACAUAUUCAUGGACGUGAUUUUAGCCAAAACAUGUCGGAGAUUCAGCUCUUUUUGUGUCUCGAUUGACUUAUUUUUAUUCAUUCAUUAUAUCUAUUCUUCCCUUGUAUAUAUACCAUUAUUUAUCGUAGAUCAUGUUAAUGUAUUUACUCUAUGUUUUCUAUAGCCUAUCUUUAUAUAACCUAUAUACAUGUAUAUAUAUAUAGUUGGUCUACUUCAUAUAUAACAUUUCUGGUGUAUGGUCAUGCGCGCACGAUAUUCUGCAUUUUAUGUCUUGUAUAUUAUGAAUAUAAUAAUAUUAUCUUCACUGUAGGAAUUAAAUUGAUUUUUCAUUGAUGAAUGAAACUCGUAGUAAUAAAUAGAAAGUCCUCUG